AUGGGUAAAUCGGGAAAAGAUAAGAGAGAUAUCUAUUACCGAUUGGCCAAAGAGGACGGCUAUAGAGCGCGCUCUGCAUAUAAGUUGAUCCAAAUCAACGAUACCUUCAAUGUCUUCGAUGGCGUCAACAGAUGUGUGGACUUGUGUUCAGCGCCCGGCAGUUGGUCUCAAGUGUUGCACCGCUUCCUCCACAGCACGCCCGGCAGUUGGUCUCAAGUGUUGCACCGAUUCCUCCACAGCAGUGCCGACACUCAGACGAAGACAAUCAUAUCAGUGGACAUACAGGCGAUGGCACCCAUGGCUGGUGUCAUCCAAAUCCAGGGCGACAUCACUCGCGAAGACACCGCCCGACAGAUCAUCGACGCGAUGGACGGCUCGACCGCCGACCUCGUGGUCUGUGACGGAGCACCCGAUGUGACCGGUCUUCACGACAUCGACACUUACAUCCAAUCGGAACUACUCUUGACGCCCGGCAGUUGGUCUCAAGUGUUGCACCGCUUCCUCCACAGCAGUGCCGACACUCAGACGAAGACAAUCAUAUCAGUGGACAUACAGGCGAUGGCACCCAUGGCUGGUGUGAUCCAAAUCCAGGGCGACAUCACUCGCGAAGAGACCGCUCGACAGAUCAUCGACGCGAUGGACGGCUCGACCGCCGACCUCGUGGUCUGUGACGGAGCACCCGAUGUGACCGGUCUUCACGACAUCGACACUUACAUCCAAUCGGAACUACUCUUGAGUGCAAUCAAUAUCACGACUCAUAUCCUGAAAAUCGACGGAACUUUUGUGGCGAAGAUUUUCAGAGGAAAAGACGUUUCGCUUCUUUGGUCUCAACUGAAGAUAUUCUUCAAAGAAGUGAUAAUAACUAAACCGAAGAGCAGUCGGAACUCGAGUAUAGAGGCGUUCGCUGUUUGUCGGCAUUACUGUCCGCCCGAAGGCUAUAAACCCGUAUUUUUCAACUCAUAUAUCGACCAAAAGUGUGACCAAUAUUUCAAAGAACUGAACGCCGGAUCCAAUCGACACGUGAUUCCGUUCAUGUCUUGCGGCGAUUUGUCUGCCUUUGAUUCCGACCGCUCGUAUCCAUUGAAUGUGAGCCACUCUUCGGCCACUGAUUCAGAAAACACGUCUCAAACCCAGACUUACACUUACGUGAGUCCAACACAAUCGCCAAUAGAUCCGCCCUAUAAAGUGGCGCAAAGUCUUAAGAAGUCAUCUAAUCUUCAAAAGCCCUCUAUUGGUGACAAAACUGAUUGA